AUGACAGGUCUGAAGAGGGAAUUCUUGAGUGAGUUAAGACCACCAUUCCUCUCGACGGGCUUCGUCACUGUGCCACUGCUUCGAAUCCCCCUCAAAUUCCAUGAUGACGUGCCCACACCAGAAGACAAGACGAUGCACGUUCAAUUUCAGCCUCGGCAAGACGUUUCUAUUCAUGCAACUCCCGUCCCAACCUUCACGUUCGGAAAACGCGACCAGUAUAUUCCUUUGCAGGCAACAAAUCCCGAGCCAUCUGGCGACAAACUGCAAAUCUAUCCAACAGGUAUCUACGAUGAUUUUCCCAAAGAAGGCAUCAAUGUCGCCUUUGGCCCGGAUCUCCGUAAGCGUAUAGGAGAUACUAUGGCAGCGAACUGCAAAGACAAGCUCCAGGAACAAUGUCGCAACGCGCUCAUUCCAGUCGUCCAAAACACAGAUAUCUCCACUCACGUCAAACGAUUGGUUUCCGUGGCCGCCAUUUUACUAGACUGGUUAAUCGAUGCUAUUAUAAUUGAGACUAUCAUAAUUUUCGAGGAGAAAGCUUCUGGGGCCCUUGACGAGCCGCCUAAGCCGCCAAAGGAACUUCAUUACAGUUUUGAAGACUUGGACCGGAUUCAUUCCAUGGGGCUGGCAGGCACGAUCGCUAUUGUGACGAGUGCGGAUGCUAAGCCUACUACUAUCAUUGUCCCUGCGCCGUCGAAACAGACACCAACUGCUACAGGCGAAAUUACCAUGGAAACAUUAACUGCUGAUGACGGCGAGAGAAAAGCAGGAGACAUUAUCUACCACAUUCCGGACCCGUUAGCCCAACGAAUGAGAGAUUUCCUCUCCAUAAUGGGACUCGAUGAAGCAAGGAAAGAGUGUCAAGCAGCACUUAAUGGGAAUCAAAAGCGUGCCGAUAGGGCUCUACCUAGACUAUGCGCCCAACGAGCUCGACGUGUGGGUCUAGUCUUCGCCAGCAAUGCACCCCAGGAUAUGAUACACCUCAACCCGCUAAAUAACCCCGCACCGCCAGGUGCAGGACAAGUUGUCGGCUUCCCAAUGCCGAACAUCAUGCUUGAUGCAGUUCCCAUUCUUAUUCCCGUUUAUCGUGUCGUGAGGGUCCACGUUGUGAAUGGUGGAACUGUUCCGCCUCCUCAACCACCGAAUCAAGAAGUGUUUGACGUUGGCGCAUUGGCCAGAAGUUCUAUUGCAUUAUCAAUUGUGAUGCAUGUCCUUAUGACUAUUGGCGAAUUCUCACUCAACCAAAUCUGGGUUCCGCAGCAUGAACUGAAUAAAAAUCUGAAAGAUGAGGACUUCCGUUGCCCUAAAGAUCUUGUUUGCAUUGCAGACGAUUGCAAGGGUCAAGAAGAGCAUAAGGAGAUUACAGAACGGAGUGCUAUCUGUAAACAGGGAGGAUAUGAAGGUUGCAGAUGCAAGAAAGUUGGAUACCCGGAGCAUUAUGAAGUCCCUGGCCAAUGGAUGGACCAGCAAUAUGAAUGGAUGGAACAACUGAUUAAGCGUGCCAAUGAGCCGCCAAUUGAAGCCAAAUGCAGCCAACCGAAGCAAGACUUCACUGGUGCUAAAGUUGAGUUCGGGAACAAACAUGCAAAUUUACAAGAUGGCCUGACGUCAGGUGCCUGGAUUGAGACUGAGUCCGAAGCUGGUCUCACAUGGCAAUACACAUGGACCAAUAAGCAGGAUUCCUGCCCUUUCGGCUGCAAGGAUAUAUUUUCAGUGUUUGUAGAGGAUGAUAAAUGUGUCGAACAAGAUAAACUAAUGAAAACUGGAACGGUUGAAACUCAGUGUGGUACUGCUGGUUAUAUCGCAUACAAAUUGGGAAGUUGAAUAUUCUUCUUUGUAGAGUUACAGGCAAAUGCUUUGGGCAAGAAACUAAGAUUCCACCAUCAAUUGAACAGCGUUGCGGGCAGCGCAGC